GCAUGGUGUCCCGUCCCGUAUGCUACGAAUGGCAAUACGCAGCUCUCGUUCCUCUCUCAAAUUUUUCUUCAUUUAUGACUAGCUCCCAGCAAUUCUUUUCUCUCAGAAUUUCGUUGCCGUGAUUUAAGUAUGUGUGUAAUGUGUCUUAGACUUGAAUGAUGGUGCUCACUUUUACUGGUUCAUGGACUGAAAAAUUGUGCUUCGAACGUCAACCGCUUGUAGUAAUGCCCCAGUGAAGCUAAUUUGACAGCUGUACUUGUUACUGGUGGUUUUUAGGAAGUACAAAUUAUUAGAAAAAUAAGAGAAACAAAUAUAAAGAUGGCCCGCUUUCUUGAUUUUAGGGAUUCGUACAUUUGUCACAAUGUGUCUGUGGCUUAAGCAUGUCGUGAUUUUCAGUCAUUUUUUUUUAUUACAAGAUCAAAACGGUUUAAUCGUCCUUGCGAUGGACCCUAAAAACACAGGAGAGCUGCAAAGGCACUUGGAGAAGCAGAAUGAGCUCCUUAGGGAUGCCCAUAGGUCAAUGUUACAUGAAUUGCAUAAACUUCAGGUGGAGGAACAAACGCUAAUGCGCAAAUUCUACGAAUUGUGGUCGGCUCAAGGUCCGAGUCAUAAGAAUGCAGAGGGAAAUUUUGUGCAGAGUGACAAGGAGAAUGGCCUUGCCAAAAAGCAUCAUUGAGUGUAACCGCUGGCAAACAGGAAUUUAGAUUUCAACUCUCUGAUUGGUUAACUAAACGUGUCUGUAAAUGUAGUACAUUGAUUAUCUUGAAUUAAUAUGCAAUUCACCUCGCCAUCUUAAUUCGA